ACCCGCAGACUUUUACUGAACACCUACACUCUGCAGGGCAUAAUACUAAGAGGUAGAGAUACAAAAAGCUAAGAAGCUCUAUGGUCCCGACUUUAGAAGUUUAUAGCCUCGUUAAGAAGAGGGGGUCUAAUAUUACAGUAAUUAUGCUGGUUCCACAACCCACACCCCAUACCAGUUCAUAGUUUCUAGUCCCUCCAAAAGCUAUAAUGCCACAAGGCAACAUAGGCUGAGUCACAGACAGAACUAAGUGAAGUGCGACUGGCAAGGUUUGGUUUGUGGGCUGGCUGUGCUCACAUGUUGGGACUCCCCUGGGUGGGAGGGGAAUUGAUAUCACUGUCACCAGCUCUUUCAUUUUCCAUAUCCCAGGGUGAGAUAAAUAAGGUUAAGAAGUAAAAAGUCUCUGUCUCCCAUGUCUACCAUCUAUUCCAAACCUGAGGAAAGCAUGAACUGCCUGGCAACAACAAAGGAUAGAAAAAAAGGAAGAGAAAGAAACUGCAGAAGUCAAGACUUGGGUUCUUUGGAUAUUGAGAUGAUGCCUCCAGGGGGCAGCACCAGGGCAGAGAAAUAGGCUAAAAUCGCUCAGUCCUCCUUUCCUUGGUCUGGGGCUCCCCGGAGUUCCCACCAUCACUCCUCCCAUUUUAUUUUUAGCUGCCAGUGGGAGGGGGCAGGAUGGGAGGGAAAGUAAAGAAAACAGAAAAGGAGAGGGACAGAGGCACAGAGAACUUCUCACACGGACAGAGAACAAGCAGGCAUGAAGCUUGCCCUCAUCCCUCACCUGCUCUUGCCCAUCAUGUUCCUGACAGGUCUGUGCUCCCCCUUUAAUCUGGAUGUGCAUCACCCACGCCUAUUCCCAGGGCCACCCGAGGCUGAAUUUGGAUAUAGUGUCUUACAACAUGUCGGGGGUGGACGUCGAUGGAUGCUGGUGGGUGCCCCCUGGGAUGGGCCUUCAGGUGACAGAAGAGGGGACGUUUAUCGCUGCCCUGUAGGGGGUUCCCACAGUGCUCCAUGUGCCAAAGGCCACUUGGGUGACUAUCCCCUGGGAAAUUCAUCUCAUCCUGCUGUGAAUAUGCACCUGGGAAUGUCUCUACUAGAGACAGACAAUGAUGGGGGAUUCAUGGCUUGUGCCCCUCUCUGGUCUCAUGCUUGUGGCUCAUCUGUCUUCAGUUCUGGAAUAUGUGCCCGUGUAGAUGCUUCAUUCCGGCCCCAGGGAAGCCUGGCACCCACCGCACAACGCUGUCCCACCUACAUGGAUGUUGUCAUUGUCUUGGAUGGCUCCAAUAGCAUCUACCCAUGGUCUGAAGUUCAGACUUUCCUACGAAGACUGGUAGGGAGACUGUUUAUUGACCCAGAGCAGAUACAGGUGGGACUGGUACAGUAUGGGGAGAGCCCUGUGCAUGAGUGGUCCCUGGGAGAUUUCCAAACAAAGGAAGAAGUGGUGAGGGCAGCGAGGAACCUGAGUCGGCGAGAGGGACGAGAAACAAAGACUGCCCAAGCAAUCCUGGUGGCCUGCACAGAAGGAUUCAGUCCGUCCCAUGGAGGCCGACCAGAGGCUGCUAGGCUGCUGGUGGUUGUCACUGACGGAGAGUCACAUGAUGGGGAGGAGCUUCCUGCAGCACUCAAGGCCUGUGAGGCUGGAAGAGUGACCCGCUAUGGGAUCGCGGUCCUUGGCCACUACCUCCGGAGGCAGCGAGACCCCACCUCUUUCCUGCGGGAAAUCAGGAUGAUUGCCAGUGAUCCAGAUGAGAGAUUCUUCUUCAAUGUCACAGAUGAAGCUGCGCUGACUGACAUCGUGGAUGCACUAGGAGACCGGAUCUUUGGCCUUGAGGGGUCCCAUGGAGAAAACGAAAGCUCUUUUGGGCUGGAAAUGUCUCAGAUUGGUUUCUCUACUCAUCGGCUAAAGGAUGGGAUUCUCUUUGGAAUGGUGGGGGCCUAUGACUGGGGGGGCUCCGUGUUAUGGCUUGAAGAAGGUCACCACCUUUUCCCCCCACGGACAGCCUUGGAAGAUGAGUUCCCCCCUGCUUUGCAGAACCACGCAGCCUACUUGGGUUACUCUGUUUCCUCCAUGCUUUUGUGGGGUGGACGCCGCCUCUUUCUCUCAGGGGCUCCUCGGUUUAGACAUAGAGGAAAGGUCAUCGCCUUCCAGCUUAAGGAAGAUGGGGCUGUGAGGGUUGCCCAGAGCCUCCAGGGGGAGCAGAUUGGCUCCUACUUUGGCAGUGAGCUCUGCCCGUUGGAUACGGAUGGGGACGGAAUAACGGAUGUCUUACUUGUGGCCGCCCCCAUGUUCCUGGGGCCCCAGAACAAGGAGACGGGGCGGGUUUAUGUGUAUCUGGUGGGUCAGCAGUCCUUGCUGACACUCCAGGGAACACUUCAGCCGGAACCCCCCCAGGAUGCUCGGUUUGGCUUUGCCAUGGGUGCCCUUCCUGAUCUGAACCAAGAUGGUUUUGCUGAUGUGGCCGUGGGGGCACCCCUGGAGGAUGGGCACCACGGAGCACUGUACCUGUAUCAUGGCACCCGGAGCGGGCUCAGGCCCCAGCCCGCCCAGAGGAUUGCUGCCGUCUCCAUGCCACAGGCCCUCAGCUACUUUGGCCGGAGUGUGGACGGCCGGCUGGAUCUGGAUGGAGAUGACCUGGUAGAUGUGGCUGUGGGUGCCCAGGGGGCAGCCGUCCUGCUCAGCUCCCGGCCCAUUGUCCACCUGGCCCCCUCACUGGAGGUGACCCCACCAGCCAUCAGUGUGGUUCAGAGGGACUGCAGUCGGCGAGGCCAGGAGGCAGCCUGCCUAUCUGCCGCCCUUUGCUUCCAAGUGACCUCGCGCACCCCUGGCCGCUGGGAUCGUCGAUUCUAUUUGCGGUUUACAGCAUCCCUGGAUGAGUGGACGGCGGGGGCACGUGCUGCGUUUGAUGGCUCUGGCCAGAGGCUGUCCCCUCGGAGGCUCCGGCUCAGCACCGGGAAUGUCACUUGUGAGGCGCUACACUUCCAUGUGCUGGAUACCUCAGAUUACCUCCGGCCCCUGGCCUUGACUGUGACCUUUGCAUUGGACAACACCACAAAGCCAGGGCCUGUGCUGGAUGAAGGCUCACCUACCUCCAUACAAAAGCUGGUCCCCUUCUCGAAGGAUUGUGGCCCUGACAAUGAAUGUGUUACAGACCUGGUGCUUCGAGCUAAUAUGGACAUCAAAGGCUCCAGGAAGGACCCGUUCGUGGUUCGAGGAGGUCGGCAGAAAGUGUUGGUGUCAGCAACUCUGGAGAACAGGAAGGAAAAUGCCUACAACACUAGCCUGAGUCUCAGCUUCUCUAGAAACCUCCACCUGGCCAGUUUCACGCCUCAGAGGGACAGCCCAGUGAAGGUGGAAUGCACCGCCCCUUCGCCUCAUGUCCGGCUCUGCAGUGUGGGGCACCCUGUCUUUCAGACCAGAGCCCAGGUGACCUUCCUGCUGGAGUUUGAGUUUAGCUGCUCUUCGCUCCUGAGCCAGGUCCUUGUGAGGCUGACUGCCACCAGCAAUAGCCUGGAGAGAAAUGGGACCCUUCAAGAUAACACAGUCCAGACCUCAGCCUACAUUCAAUAUGAGCCCCACCUCCUAUUCUCCAGUGAGUCCACUCUGCACCGCUAUGAGGUCCACCCAUACGGGACCCUCCCAGUGGGUCCCGAAUUCAAAACCACUCUUAGGGUUCAGAACCUUGGCUGCUAUGUGGUCAGUGGCCUCAUCAUCUCGGCCCUCCUUCCAGCUGUAGCCCAUGGGGGCAAUUACUUCCUGUCAUUGUCUCAAGUUAUCACUGACAAUGCAAGCUGCGCAGUAGAGAACCUGACCGAGCCCCCAAGGCGCCCUGUGCACCCAGAGGAGUUUCAGCACACAUACAGACUGAACGGGAGUAACACUCGGUGUCAGGUUGUGAGGUGUCAUCUUGGGCGACUGGCAAAGGGGACCGAGGUCUCUGUUGGACUACUGAGGCUGCUUCACAAUGAAUUUUUCCGGAGGGCCAAAUUCAAGUCUCUGACAGUGGUCAGCACCUUUGAGCUGGGAGCUAAGGAGGGCAGUGUCCUACAGCUGACAGAAGCCUCUCGUUGGAGUGAGAGCCUGCUGGAGGUGAUUCAGACCCGCCCUGUCCUCAUCUCCCUGUGGAUCCUCAUUGGCAGUGUCCUGGGAGGGCUGCUCCUACUUGCUCUCCUUGUCUUCUGUCUUUGGAGGCUUGGCUUCUUUGCCCGAAAGAAAAUCCCUGAGGAAGAAAAAAGAGAAGAGAAAUAGGAGCAAUGAAUGUAUAAUAAAGCCCUAGAAAGUCCUCUUGGCAGCUUCUCCAAAAGACUUGCGUAAGAGCCAUGGUCUGGGGGCUCAGAUGGACAAGAAAAGCCUCUGGACUGUCUUCCCAGACUUGCAGACUGACUUGACUUUUGAGUCUUGAGCAUGCUGCUGGCAAGAGAUGAGGCCUUACCUCAGAUGAGAAGGGCUGGCGCCCAAACCAGAAACACUCUCCCCCUGUGCUUCCCUCCUCAUGAUCCUGCUGCCACAGCCAACACUGGGGCCUUGGUUGGGGGCCCCCUUUUUCCUUAUCCCCAGGAAUCAAGACUUUUUUGCCUAGGUUCCCUGACUCCUUUUAGAUUCCCCCUGAUAUCCUCCCUCAAAUUUGGAAAGGAUGAGGGCGAUCUUCCUCCAUUCCCUGCCUCUCACCUUCCUGCCUGCUCCCCACUCCACAGAAGGGAGCUGACGUUGGCUUCGAAAAGUAAAGUCAACAUCUGCUUCUUUCCUGUGGAGUCCGGUGAUUCAGAGAGCCGGAUGGGGAGAGUCAACAGGAAACAAGGAGGGAGGAAGAAAAGCCACAAGAGACAUUCUGUACAAUUCCAAGGAACAGAGAAGCCUUUAGACGGGCAACUGCCAUCCCCCUGAAACCUGAGACUUCGUGGUACACUAGCCCGCCCUCAGGUGCCUGGGAAACCGAGCUGCUCCAGGCCUGCAGGGCCUGGGUUUCCCAGCUCAGCGCCUUCCCUGGGAGCGAAGCCAGGGCCGGGUGCCUGAUGCUCCGGAGCCAGGGGCCCCCAGGUGGCUAGAGCUGGGAUAGCAGAGAAGAGUCCCGGUGUUUCGGUCCCGACCAGUGGAGAAAGUUGGAUACCCUGGGCGGUGUUUUCUCCUCUCUCGGGCCUCACACACUCAUGAGCCCUCCUUGGGGCUACCUUAUAGAAACUAGAGAGAAGGGAGAUGAUUUCUCCUUGACGGUGGGAAACGCUUUCACCGGCUUUGGGAAGCAGCAGCUCCGUGGGGUCUAAACUAGUCAAGUCUGCAUUGACGAAGAAGCCAAAGUGGGUGGCAGGAGGUCUCUGGGGAGCAAGCCCUUACUUGCUUAGCAUUGGUUUUGUGGCACAAAGAGCUCCUAGGAAAAUGUUUCUGGAGCAACUGCAGUCAUUCCUGGUAGGGUGGAAUCAGUUUGCCAGCCCUUGCCUGAUAUUUACUGGAAAGUUCCAAUUUCUAUCUCUGGGUCACCUCACCACCUCUCCUCCCAUUUUGUGGUCCUGGCCAGUAGUAGAGCGAAUUACCUUCUCACCAACGACUGGGUAAUUUAUAUUUCUUUGUAAUCAAGACUUUGGAUACCAAAGUCUGUUAUUGGUCUCCAAGGUGCGGCUCUGACAGCCAUUUGAAGAAUCCGCACCUGUUUCACGCUGAGAAGAGAGGAGACCUGACCGGGCAGUUGACCAGCAGCCACAGAACUUGUUCUUGAGGCCUGACCACAAUGUUUAUCUUGACAUGUCUCUGGUCUUCUGCACAGAACGUUGUCUCUGUUUCCUAGCAGGGUGGAUAGGAUAUCAGAUGGUCAGAACAAAUAAAGUUCAGUGUCAAAUGACUUCUGGCUCUCUUUGAGUUCCCUAGGAUAUGGAUAGCUCAGGCAUGGUGAGAGGGAGAUUCUUGGACCACCUGAGACCUAUACAGUUGAGUUCCUGGAAGGCAAAGUUAUAAGCUAUUCGAAAUGUUUUCCGUGACUCUCCCAUGGAGACGUCUUCUAGCCUCCUGCAAUCCUCACCUACUUAAGUGACUACAGAGUAUAAAUCGUGUAGGUUUGGGAAGCACAUAGGCCUAGAUUGAAACCCCAGGUCUGCCAUUUAUUAGCUGUGUGGCCUUGGGCCAGUCAUAACUACCCUGAGGCUCAGAUAACAGUAAGAGGCUGUGUGGUACAGUGGUUAAGAAUGAAGACAGACUUGGGUUUAAAUCUCAGCUAUACCACUUUUGACCUUGGGCAGAUUUCAUUUCUUUAAGUCUUGGCUUUCUUGUCUUUAAACUUGCUAGGGUUGUGAGGACCAAUGAGAUAAUUCAAGUAAGGUGAUACUCAAGAAAAGUUAACUAUUGUUAUAAAAAUAUUUUGUUAUAAAAUAAUCAAUCUUCCUGUAUAUCGUGAGGAUUAAGUCAGAAGGUAUAUCAAAGCACCAGGUGGUGCUCCUAAUCUGGUGACCUACCUCCCCUUUACACAGGCCCUAAAGAUUUGUUUCCCCUACGUGCUAUUGUCUCCUGCCACUAAAUCUUAUCCCACACCUCAUCCCCUUUGAAAUAAGCCCUCAUGCCCACUAAGGCAAUAAUUAGAAGGUUCUAAUGGUAGAAAUCAAGUCUAUUUGAUUUUUUUUAGACAUCCAGUGUUUUUCUACUACCCUCAAGGAACAUGUGCACUUAAGCAACAGCCUUAGAAAUAAGACCAUGUCUCUCUCUCUCUGUUGCCUAACUCCAAAAAUGGUGGCCGGUCCGGCCAAUAGGCCAGGACAACCGUUCUGUGGCAAACUGAUGAGUUAUUUGUGGCAGAAGGAGUCCAUGGUGACCCUCAGUGCACUUCAUAUAAGCUAUCGCUUGAUCAACCUUUAUGGAGCGUACUCUUUCUGAUGUGGUGAUGUGGACAGAUCUCCCCUCUUUAUUCCCGGUCAGCACUGAAAGGGAGAUGGAUUUCUUUGAGGACCGGCUCAUUUAAUUCCUUAUCUGUGUGAUUAAAAGAGCAUUUUAAAUAUUUUUCCCCACCUAGAGAUCCCUCUCUUCUCUCUCCUUCAGCUCCAGAGUGGGACUUUCUAACCCAACCUAUUCUUCACUUGGGCCUCUUCCUUUGAAGCAGAGGCAGUUUGAGAAGCCACUGUGGAAACAACGGGCUCUCCUCAGACACAGGAGUGUCCCUUCCUUUCUGCUCAUUGUUGCUUCUUCCUUCCCUCCUUCAUCUUUCAUUCAUUCGCUCAUCAGACAUUAAGCACCUAACAUGUGCCAGGCAAUGAGAACAAUAUAAAAUACAACUCCUACCAUCAAAGAGCCCGGUCUCGUAGGAAAAACAAACCCGGAAAUAAAUAAUGGCAGAGGUGGUUUGCUGUACAACCUAGCAGUAAGGAUUCGAAGCGUGUCACGCACAAGGGGCCCACUUUUUAAAGCAGGGUUGUAAGGGAAAUCUUUACAGAAAAAAAAGUGCCUCGAGGGGCCAGCAAGUGUGAGAGGAGGCAUUCCAGAGAGGAUUAAUCACCAGUGGGGAAGGGAACUGUAGUGGAUUAGAACAGCCUGAGCAUUGGGCUGUUUGUGGACUUGGUGAGAGAUGAGGCUGGAGAAGGCCGGGUGCUGCUCCUGCUGAGCCUUGUAACCACGUGAAGAACUCAGCUUUAGCAAGUAGGCUUUGGCUUUCGUAGGCCUUUGAGUGGUGGCUCUGGCCGCGGGGAAGACAGGAUGUUGAGGGAUCAUUGAGCAUGAUGGUCAAGAAAUAAAUUUUUUUUUUUUUUUUUAAGUAGGCUCCAUGCCCAACAUGGGGCCUGAACUCACAACCCUGAGAUCAAGAGUCACAUGCUUCACUUACUGAGUCAGCCAGGUGCCCCAAGAAAGAAUUCUUUAGACAUUGUAUGGUACAACUGAGUAAGUUUUGGUAAGUAGCACAGGGACAGGACCCGGGGGCACAAAGAGCUGCACUUUUGCUGUAUGCAGCUGGUGGUUAUAUGCUUAGUGCUCAAGGGGGAGAGGACGUGCCGGGAGGAUCAGAUCAUAAGUAUUGACUUCAAAUUUCUACUCGUAAAACUACCUUUGCAAGAUUUCUCUGGUGAUUAUCAUUCAGUUCCAUAUUAACUAUCAGUGAAAUUUACAGGCAGUGAUGAGACCCUUUAAGAAUGUAGCAACCAGCACGCAUUUGAUCCAUACUGAAACUAUGCAGGCCAUAGGUGAGCCUUUGGGGCUAGAGGUGAACAUGUUUCUGCUUCUGUCCCUCAUCAUUUCCCCCUGACCAUUCUUCGGUCCUUAAAUAUUUAAGGUUGUUGGGGCGCCUGGGUGGCUCAGUUGGUUAAGCGACUGCCUUCGGCUCAGGUCAUGAUCCUGGAGUCCCGGGAUCGAGUCCCGCAUCAGGCUCCCUGCUUGGCAGGGAGCCUGCUUCUCCCUCUGACCGUCCUCCCUCUCAUGCUCUCUGUCUCUCAUUCUCUCUGUCUCAAAUAAAUAAAUAAAAUCUAUAAAAAAAUAAAAAAAUAAAUAAAAUAUUUAAGGUUGUUGAAAGGCAAAGGGCUCGUCUUCUGUAACUUCUUCAAGCUGACAGGGGUCGUAGAGAUGUCCCUACCUAUGGACCGAAACUGGCCACCAUCUGUCCCUACAAGUAACUAUUACAGAAGGCCACUGCUGUAGAAUACAGAGGGUACAUUGGGGUGAAUUUGUUUUGAGUAGUAAGGCUCAUCUUUGGCUGGGCAAAGGAGUUGGGAACUGCUUGCAUGUAUCUCAACAAUAGGAGAGAACAAAGCCAAAGAGAC